UUAUAUUUAUGUUUAAUUUGGCAUUGCUACACAGAAUAAUAAUAUUAUCCAUGGUGGUGAACAUUUUCUGAAAGUAUACACGUCUGCUUUAUAAUGGCAUGGAUAUGAUGCCAUUCCUAAUGAACACACCUCCAAUCAUAUACAUCGCUGGUCGAGAGGUUAUUGGCGUUUCCUUUAGCAUUUUUCCCCAUUUCCUCUUCCUUCUCGAUCAGGUCUGACUACAUUACAUGACGUUGCUGGUAAUUAAAACUGUAGACAUAUAUACACUAAGUAGAGAAGAGAAGGCUGCAUUUCCUGACGGGCCAACCUGACAAAUAUUCUGCUUGCUGUGGGGUUACUGACAGCGGCCAGGCAAUGGCAUCCGAAGUGAAAAAGGAAAAUGAUGAAAGCCAGCAGGCUGAAAACCUGGCCACAGGUGGAGACAGAGAGGAGACAGAGGAAAAGAGUGCAAAGCAGGCUGAAGACCUGGCCACAGGUGGAGACAGAGAGGAGACAGAGGAAAAGAGUGCAAAGCAGGCUGAAGACCUGGCCACAGGUGGAGACAGAGAGGAGACAAAGGAAAAGAGUGCAAAGGACAGAAAGAAGCAUAAGAGCUCACACACUUUCCACUUCUGUGAAUAUGGUAAAGCUGCAGUAAACACUAUACCCUGCACAGAGGCUGGAACCGUGCUGGAGGCACUCAACAAAAGUGAAAUAUUCACCUCUCUUGUAGGGAACAAUGAGGAAAAGGACAUUGUCAUUGUGAGAAAACUGCCAGAAUAUGCAGACAUAGCCACACACUUUCCCUGCUGGCUAAUUAAAAAAGAUGAAGAAUUGACAAUACAAUUCAGUUCUGGGAACAAUUCUGACAAUUCUGAGUUUCCUGAAACAGGAAUAAUCACGGAAGAGAGCAAACUGGUCACUUUUUAUGUUGACAGAAAGGGGGGAAAAUUUUGCAAAACUAAGGAUUUCUUGAACAACAUGAGCAACACUGAUAUUUCCUAUCUAUGCAUAUAUGCGUGUGUAGGUGAGACUGCAGAAAAAGCCCUGCGAACAGACGGGCGCUUUGCGAAAAUGGUUUUUCAAGGAGGCAGUGAGCUAAUGAAUAUAAAGGGUAGAGACUUGUUGGAGAUUCAUUUACCUGUUACUGAAGAACAAGACGGAAAAACAUUCAGACUGAACAUGCGAAAAGAGGAAAAUAAAUCCCCACAGCCUACCACAGAACCCGACUCUGGGUCCCAAAUCGCUGAACAAGAAGCAGGACCCGCGCAGGAACAGGGAGAAUCCACUUCCGGAUCAUUCCAUGAAAUCCCCGAGAAGCUGCUGGAGAUCUUGUGCUCCCAGUUUGAAGAUCUAGUGAAGCAUAUGAAGGAACGAGAGAAGGUAGAGGGGAGUGAGAAAGUGCUGGAGCUGCUAAGGAAAGAGUUUCAGGAGAACACAAAGGUAUUCGGGGAUGUGUACGGAGAGAAGAACCUGGGAAAAUCCACCUAUUAUUACCAUGAGACUUCAGGCUCUCCAGUCUUUGAUGCUGAUGGUCAGCUGGUCGCCAUGCACACCGGUGGAUACAGUUACAAGCUCGGUGAUACCAAGUGUGUGAUUGAGUUCGCCAUUCCUCUGCAGCACAUACUGGAGCACUUCUUGAAGACGACAAAGAAACUGAGGCCUGACAUUCAUCAAAGUUUCAUUGAGGUAGCAGAGAAACAAGAAGCUCUGCACCCCCUCAUUGCUCCCUACACCCAGCCUGAUCCUGACAGUCCUGCGCCAAAGGAGACAUCAGCGCCUCCCCCAUAGCACCUCCCCCAUUAGCACCACCCCCAUGCUAAAGGGGGAAAUUUUAGGGCCUGUGGGCCUGAAGGGCCUGUGACCUUAAUUAAAAAAUCUAAAUGUAUUUAUAUAGCGCAUUUCACAAACAAUUGUUAAACUACGCUUCAAAGACAACCCUGGCUACAACCCCCACAGGAGCAAGCCUAAAGCAACAGUGGCAAGGAAUAAUUCGCUGUGGCAGAUGGGAAGAAACCUCGGAAGGAACCAUCAUUGAGUAGCUGGACUCUUCUUCCUUUAAUUUAACAAAUUGUUUCCUGUCGCAUAAGUAUGAUGUGAGCUAAGGUGGGUAUGAUAAGGAGCGCGCUGGUAUCAAGAGUGUGAUUGAGUACGCCAUUCCUCUGCAGCACAUACUGAAGCACUUCUUGAAGAUGGCGAAGGAACGGAAGCCUGACAUCUUCAAAGUUUCAUUGAGGUAGCAGAGAAACAAGAAGCGCUGCCCCUCCUCAUUGCUGACUACAGCCGGCCUGAUCCUCACCCAUACCGCCUCCCCCAUUAGCGCCUCCCCCAUACCGCCUCCCCCAUUAGCGCCUCCCCCAUACCG